AUGGACCAGUUCGAGGAACGUCUUCUAGCGGAGGAAGUACGGAAAUACGAACAUUUAUACAAUCCAUCUUUAAAGAAUUAUAAAGAUGCCCAGGUCAUUUACAACUCCUGGAAGGAAAUAGCCCGUAUUUUGGAAGUGGAUGUGGAGAAAUGCAUGAAGAAGUGGAGGAGCAUGCGGGACAAAUUUGUCCGAAUGAAAAAAAACUUGAGGGGCACCAGUGGCGAUCCAGGUGGCAAAAAGGUUCCAGCUUUUUAUGUUUUGCUGUCGUGGUUGGAGCCGCACAUAAAGCAUAGACCCACAUCUUCAAAUUUCAAGGCCCCAACUGAACCACCUCAGGACCAGGCCUCAUGUGGAUCCUCACAGGAUGAGGCCCCAUCACAACUUCAGGGGUCUUCACUGCCUGCCUCUCAACAACAGCAGGAUGAGUCCUCACCGGAUCCUGUGUCAUCACAUUCCUCAUCAGCAGUAGCGGUUUUAGGCACGGCUUCAUCAAAUUCAUCCCCAUCUCUCCAUGCCUCCCUUGCCCGAGAAUCCGUUUCAACGGAUCAACAAACAGCCAAUGAGUUGCUAGAGUCCACCAGCACACCACGACCUGCUCUCAAAAAGAGGCGGCGCCAGCAGCAUGUGGAUGACAGCUUUUCUGAACAGAUGGCCCGAAUUGACAAACGUAGGAAAGAACUCAGUGAGAUACUGCAGAAGGAUGAUGAAUAUGACAGGUUUGGGCAGGUUCUAGCGGACCUACUGAGGAAGGUCCCUGAACAUAAGCAGGUGGUGGCCAGGCGCAACCUUUUAGCAUGUGUGUGCGACCUUCUGGAGAAUUGA